AUGUCCGAGACUCCAUUCCCUGUCCCCAAUGCCAUCACCCCUUACUGGCGCAAGGAUCUGCAUCCUCUAGACAGCCACCAAAGCUCCGAGACCCUGCCAGCGGAACAGGACAUUGUCAUCAUUGGUGCCGGAUACUCAGGUGCAGCUUCGGCGUACUACCUCUUGGAUGGUACUGAUCCGUCAUCACGUCCGACUGUCACGAUCCUCGAAGCCAGGCAAGCAUGCUCUGGUGCAACAGCCCGCAACGGCCUUCCCGCUCGUGCCAGACGAUAUGACCAACAGACAGCGGAUGAGAUGGCACUGUUUGAGCUCGCCAAUCUUCACGCCGUGAGAGAUCUGGUACAGGAAAAGAAGAUUGACUGCGACUUCCGGAUGACUACAUCCAUGGCGGUCCUGAGAGACCCGGCACUUGCAAAGCCGAUCAAGGAAGGCCUGGAUGAGCUCUUGCAGUGGGGUUCGCCAACCGCGAAGCUUGUUCAUUAUCUUGAAGGCAAGGAAGCCGCGACAUUCUCCGGUGUGAAGGAUGCAACCGCUGUCUUUUCGUUCCAGGCGGGCUCGAUCUGGCCCUACAAGCUGGUUCUAUUCCUUCUGUCUCAAGCUGUCGACAAGGGAGCACAGCUGCACACUCACACGCCCGUAACCAAAGUUUCCGACUCCCAAGAAGGCGGCUUCUGGACCGUUACCACGCCCAGAGGCGUCAUUAAGGCAAAGACGGUCAUCUACGCUUCCAACGGGUACACGUCCACGAUCCUCCCAGAGUACAAAAACCGCAUCAUCCCCGUUCGCGGGAUCUGCAGCCAUGUGGCUACUCCCGACGGUGCCGAGCACCCACAUCUCCCCAUGACAUACUCGCUACGGCACGGAACUAAUCUCUACGACUACCAAGUCACGCGGCCGGACGGUAGCAUUGUCGUUGGUGGCGCGAGGACCGAGGUCAUCCCGCGCGUCAACGAAUGGUACAACGUCUGGGACGAUUCGAAGCUCAUCGAGCCCGCUGCUCAUUACUUUGACGACCACAUGCAGAGGAACUUCCGUGGGUGGGAGAAUAGCGGAGCCAAGGUCGACAGUAUCUGGACAGGAAUCAUGGGGUCUGGCGUUCCUCGGUUGUUCGAGACGAGCGAGCGCAGACUCCAGGAGGAAAAGAACGAGCUGCUCUGA